CGAAAUCAUCGCGUGGACAAUCUUAGCAAUGAUUUGUAACAGUUGAAUUGGCUUGUUACAACGAAGUGGUAAAAGCAACAGAGAACCUUGCGAUUGCAACAUUAUGCACGAGAGCGAAGACAGCUGCAAAAUCACUGGCGGUCGCCAUCUUGGUAUUCGGUCUUUGAGCUCAAUAGAUAAUGAUAUGAUUACCCAGCAGGACUUGGCCUUUACCGGCGAAGAGCUACGGGCCAUGCAAGAUACUACAGCAGAUUCCACAACUCUGAAAGAUCGAGUUUCAGUGCGCGAAAAUUAUCCACACCAAGGAAACUAUCGUCUUGUUGGUCUUCGUGAGGGACGUUCUGGAUUUUAUUGGCCAGGUUUAUCUAUGUAUUUACCGCGCUGCUGUCUACGAGGCUCAUGCAGUGUACACGACUCAGCUUCGCGCAGAUCAGCCUCACGUGUAAUAACGCGUCAACCCACUGACAAUCCAGAAAUAGAUUUUGGUGGACAGGCGAGAGAUUCUAGAAACCGGGGGGAUUUACAAAGUCACCGCGCCAGCGCUGGCGUCCUUUUGCUUACCGAGGAAAGUUCAUGCGCAAGCGACAGUGGAUCCCAGCGUCGCCCAAGGGUCGUAGAGUGUUAUGCCAAAGUCACUGAUCCUGUUGACAAAUUCGCAAUCGGGGGAAAAUUCGCACCAGGCAAUGCUUCACCAACGGGCAAAACUUUUGUACUAAAAUCCAACUUUGAAUCUUCGCCAAAAGAAUUUCUUCUGCUGAAGUCAGGCGGAGAAGUCUCUCCACUUGUGUCAAAGUUGACCGAGAGAAGGUCUGCGACGCAUUUUCCACUAAAGAAGUAUACCGAAAUCAGCACUGCCAACACAAUUUUAGCGGUAAAAGGCGAGGAAGUUGAGCCAGGAUGGACUGUUCUCUCUGCGAAAGAUGCGGAAUUAAAGACUACAAUCGCACCGCCGUCUCAAAAUCCUGCGAAAGCUAUGACGGAAAAGAUAAGCGCCUUCUUCGACGGUCAGAAGGAUAAGCAAACUAAUACAGAUUUACGCCUGAGCAAUCAAAAGAGAAUAAGGAAGUCUGAGUCGGCUGAUAUCGAUGAGAUAUUCAAGCCUUCAUCUGUGGAUCCAUCUCCGACAGCUAUGAAGAAGCUCCUGUCUGUGAAAUUGGUCCACACAGAUACGAAAGGUAGGUCUUCACCUGUCGCCCGUUGUCACCAAGAGGAAAAAGACAUGUUAAAAAACGGAGGCCUAUCUUCGAAACCUGAUAAGUAUAGAGCUUCAACAGCGUGCCGAACCCCAAAACCCGAGAUAUCCAAAGUCACAGCUCAGUGUGUAUCUCUGAAAGCUGAGAAAAGCGGGUCGUUGAGUACUAGUCGAUUGUCAAAAGUAGAAGCAAGCCGGUCCGGACAAAUAGAGUCGCCUACGAAAGUGGACGUUGUGGGUAAAGUUGUAGAUACUACUACAGAUACCGAACUUCGCGUUCUAGCUGGCCAUGCCAAUGGCACGCCUACUGUCAAAAUGACAGACUUCGCACCAAUUAAGACUGAGGUCACAAAGGGUAUGGCGAAACCUUUCCAAAAAAACGAUAGUCAAGGGAAGUUCAUACGCGUUCAAGCUCUUGGUACUCAGACACCUCGUGUGGAAAUACCACUGAAAUCGGAUGGGGUCAGCCCAUUGGCAACGUCAACUUCGAAAGAACCAGUCCGGUCUACAGAUAUCGUGUCAGAGUUAUUGGAUUUCAAACGAUACCAUCUUUGUGUAAGGAAGCAGCAGGCUCUCGCCAGGUCCGGAGAUAGUACAAGCUUGACCGAACACCUUAGCAAAAUUCAGGGUGUCCAACAGCGAGCAGGAAAUACUACUAAGGGUAGUAAAAAGGGUAAGCUACUAACAGAAAAUAGGGUAACUAAAAAAAGUGGGACCAACCGUGGAGGAAGGGAUGAGGAGCGAACAAAGAAAACGAAAUUGCAAACUAUGAGCAUCACGCGUAAAGUGGAACGAUCGGCGAGUAGUGGUGAUCGGGAAAAGGACAAAUCUAGUAAAAAAGUGAAAACUGCAAGGACACAUUUUAAAAAAGCUAGAAGCACCAGGUCGAAGAAUAGGAGAACCAAAUCAAGGUUCUCAAAAAAAACUAAGAGUCUUAAUGAGGAAGAGAUCAGUCGAUCAGGCUCACUGUCAGACGACGAUAGUAGUUCAAGCAAUAGCGCACCGAAUCAGCCGAUCACAGUUGGAAAGACUAGUUACGGAUCUUCAAGAAAUGAAAGGGUCCGAGUCCUUAAUAGUCUUAACAGAAUUUUCCAAAGUAUGCCGCAUAAACCCACCCCGCGAGUGGUUCGCAGGAAACGCUAAAAACAAUGAGUCGUAAAGGUUCAAUCCUGAUUGGCGUCAAAGUGGCGAAACGAAAACAAGUUCAUGAAUGAAGAUAACCAGUGGCUUGUACCGAAGGUAUGUUGGCACCGAGAAUUUGUUGUAUCACAGUUAUAGACAAAAUUAAUAAACCGACAAUAUUUUGGAUACAGUGCC